AUGCCGUUCUUCGCAGCGAGAUGCACCCUCCUGGUCCUCUCCACGCUCUUCUACCUCCCCCGUGUACACGCGAACACCGAGAUUGUGAACUUCGCGGCCGUGGAGGGCACGCUCGCGCCUUCGGUGCUCACGGCGAACUGGACCGAACUCUCUGCGAAAGCUCCAGAGAAGCUCCUCCGUGUCCCGCCAGCACUGCUUGGGACCCCGCUCGCAGACGUCUGUCAGGAUUCGCCCGGGGCAUCCUGUGCACACGAGCUCGGGCUCACUCUGCGCCUCGACGAUCCCGCCUGGUCUGCAUACUCUCGGUUCACGCUCCGCAUAUCCUGGUCCGCGUCGUCUCCGGCCGACUUCGAUGUUCAGGUGAAGUCUGCCGCAGCGCUAUUCAGCGAACUCCGGACGAGCGUGCCCGGGCGUGACGUCCACUCCCUUCCCACAGGCCGGCGGAUGUAUGCGCGCAUCCGCGUCGUGGACACAGGCGUCCGUACCCCCACUGCUGACGGGUCCCACGAACGCGUCCCGCCAGAUCCCAUUACACUCAUGGUGUUGCUGGAACCACUCUAUUUCGGCGUGCUCCCCGCUUCGGUGGUGCCAACCGUUGCAUUUCUCAUCCUCGUCAUCAUCGUCGCUGCAUUAGGCAUCGUCCCGCCGGUACAACGCUACCUGUGCGCAGUAGCAGACGAGGCCAGAGAAGAGACCACAUCUACCCGAUCCAAGUCAGACUGA